UGGGUUUCCCAAUCCUGAAGAAACUCGAAUAUGAUUUCAAAUGAAUGAUGGUUGGAAACAAGUGUGAACACCCACGCUUUCUGCCUGCAUAUAGCUCAACAGCUGAGCACAGACGCCUCAGUAGCAUCGCGACGCCACAAGAUUUAACACUUUGAUCAACAUGUCGAAACGCAACAAGGAACUAGAAUCCGAAGUCCUGAACUGGAUCUUCGCCUGUUUGGGAGAACCCGUACCCAAAGGCGAAUUUGAAGAUAUCCUUCGGGACGGUGUGGUGCUGUGCAACCUCAUCAACAAAUUAGCUCCGGGAUCAGUCAAGAAAAUCCAGUCUAAAGGAACCAACUUUCAGUUGAUGGAAAACAUUCAGAGGUUUCAGGCCGCUGUUAAAGCUUACGGGCUGCCUCAGGAGGAAAUUUUUCAGACUGCUGAUCUUUUCGAGAAGAGAAAUAUUGCACAGGUAGCAAUAUCUCUUUUUGCUCUCGGUCGUAUCACUCAAAAACAUCCUGAGUGGACAGGACCAACGCUGGGCCCUAAAAUGGCCGACAAGAAUGAGAGGACUUUCACCGAGGAACAACUGAGGGCUAGCGAGGGGCAUCUAAAUCUUCAGAUGGGCUACAACAAAGGUGCCUCUCAGGCUGGUCACGGAGGUUUUGGAAAUACCCGUCACAUGUGAUUCUAUCAAUGUUUUCCAAUGUGCCUUUCAUAUAUCGACUUAAUAUUUAUUUUUGUAAAUCUGUAAUCUCUUCAGAGUAUUGUAUGAGUAUAUUAUAAGUGAGUAAAUUGUUAUUAUCAAAUUUUUCAUUAUAUUUGGUACUUAGUCCAAAAA